GAUGGAAAUGAUGCCGUUAAAAGUGUGGAACUUACUAGAGCUCGUACCAAUAUAAAAGAUAAGCUGGAAAAAUGGCGUCGUAUAGCAAUGAAUGCGCGGAUCAAGUCAUGAAUCAAACCAAUGUAACAGAAAAUCCAUGGCCAUAUAUAGAGUGCUUUUAUGGACCGCAGACCCAGGAAUUGCCCAUGACUAUUUUAAUCACAGUUAUAAAUGGAAUCAUAUUUGUGACUGGGUUGCUAGGAAACAUAGCUGUAUGUAUAGUGAUAAUCAAACAGCCAACACUGCAUACAGCAACAAAUUACUAUCUUUUCAACUUGGCAGUAUCAGAUGUAACGCUUCUCGUUUUUGGUCUGCCCAAUGACGUGGCAAUGUAUUGGCACCAGUAUCCUUGGCCAUUGGGGCAGAUUUUUUGCAGAUUCAGAGCAUUAAUAUCCGAAGCGGCCUCCUACGUUUCGGUAUUGACGGUAGUGGCCUUCUCCACCGAGAGAUAUAUUGCUAUUUGCUAUCCCUUGUAUCUGAGAGCGAUAUCAGGUCUUCAAAGGGCAGUGUGGAUUAUAGCCGCGCUCUGGGCAGUGUCUUUCAUUUCUGCCCUGCCUUUUGCCGGAAACACGAAUAUUACUCAUCUGACGUAUCCGCCUAAUUCUACAGAUAUAGUACCGGAAUCUGCAAUGUGUGUUAUGGUAUCCCAACCGGAAAACUUUCCAUUGACCGAGUUGAGUAGCAUUAUAUUUUUCAUCGUGCCCAUGGUUAUAAUAGCAGUUUUGUACACCAACAUGGGCAUUGCCAUUUCCAGGGCUUCGGAGAACAGACUAGCCGGCAAGAUUAAAGGCUCCAUACAUCGUAAAAACAAGAAAAACCAAAGCAACAGAAGCAUAAUACGAAUGUUGUCUUUGGUAGUAUUGGGAUUUUUCGUCUGCUGGGCUCCGUUCCACGCUCAACGCCUCAUGACCAUCUAUUUCCAAGGCAGCGACUUAAUUGAGGAAGUCAAUUACUGGAUGUACUUUAUCACCGGGAUCUGCUACUAUUUUUCCUCCACCCUCAACCCCAUUCUGUACAACGUAAUGUCCGAAAAAAUGCGUUUCGCGUUUAAAGAGAUCUUUUGCGGCGUUAAAGCAAAAAAGAACACCAAAAGAAGCACUUUCAGAGAGACCAGUAACACGUAUGUUACUAUGCAGUCUAAUUCCAACCACCAUCAGUGCAGCAGUUUACCGGAGGAGGAUAUUUUUCUCAGUAAGGACAGCGCGACAAUGCUGAUCAGUCAAAAUUCCAGACACUCAAACAGUGGGAAAAUGCUGAUAUUUAAGGCGGGAAGUAUAAAGAGUAAAAUCUUAAAUGAUGAUGAGACCGGUGUUUAAUGCAAAAGUGUUUAGUGCAGAUAACUGAACUAUAUAACAUUCGAAGUGUUUGAUAGACAAGAAAUGAUGGUGAUUAAAUAAAAAAAACUCUAAGUAAAACAGUUCUAAAGAGACUAGUAACAGCUAGGAUGUAAUCAAUCCAACCAAAAUGAUAAUUAUUGUAAAUUUCCAGGGGAGCACACAAUCAGUCAAAAUAUCAGCUAGUCCAAUGAAAAAUGCAAUCCUAAAUGAGACUGUUUUUUAAACCGAUCGUAUGCAGUACUUAAACUAUACAACAUUUUUUAAGUGUUUAAAAUUAAAGAACAAGUGAUAAGCAUUAAACCAUAGCAGAAAUACUUCUAAAGUAAAGUAACACCUAGGUGACGAUGUAAUCCAACUCCAUUCACCAUAAUUAUAGUUUUCCA